AUGGAGAACAUCACUGUCAACAUGGAUAUUCUGCAGCUGGAGGGGUUAAAGGUGACCCCCCAGUCUUCCAUCCCAGCCUUCAUCCUCCUCCUCCUCAUCUACGUCUUCAUCAUGGUGUCCAACGUCGGCCUGGUGCUGCUGAUCUCCAUGGAGCGCAGCCUCCACCAGCCCAUGUACCUGCUCUUCUGCAACAUGAGCAUUAACGAUGUGUUUGGGGCCACAAUCAUCAUCCCUCGCUUGCUGAGUGACAUUUUUACGCCGAUGACUCAGCGGUAUAUUCAUUACUACGAGUGUGUCAUUCAGGCAUUCUGUGCCCAUUUCCACGCUGCCACCUCUCAUUAUGUGCUCAUCAUCAUGGCCUUCGACCGGUAUGUGGCCAUCUGCAAGCCACUGCGUUACACCACCAUCAUGACCAACCGGAUGGUGGCGAUGCUGUCGGCGUCGGCCUGGGCCACAGCCUUCCUCUUGAUCGUGGCCCUGGUGAGCCUCAGCGUCCGCUUGUCACGCUGCAGAUCCGUAAUAAACAACCCAUUCUGUGAUAACGCCUCCUUGUUCAAGCUCUCCUGUGAAAACGUUCUCAUCAGCCACGUUUACGGCCUUGGCACCGCCAUGGCCACAAUGGCGUUUUCCCUCUGCAGCGUGACGCUCACCUACCUGAGGAUCGCCAUGGUGUGUCUGAGCAGCAGGAACAAGACUCUAAACAGCAAAGCGCUGCAGACCUGUGCCUCGCAUCUCGCCAUCUACAUCAUCCUGCUGCUGUCAGGCAACAUCAUCAUCAUCCUCCAUCGCUUCCCUGACUUGUCGGACCUCAGGAAGCUUGCGUCCAUUCUGUUCCAUGUGGUUCCUCCAGCUUUGAACGCCGUGAUCUACGGACUGCAGAUCAAAGUGGUCCGAGAAAAAAUCAUCAUCAUAUUUACAAGAAAAAAAAAGACGUGA